CCGGCUUGAAGUGAAAGUCAAACAGAUGGCCGCUCAGUUUAAACAAACAUACUUUCAGUUUCAAUAUUUCCACAUAUAGCCUAGAGCUGUAAUGGAUUUAAAUCUCACACUCUCCGGACGCGAUUUGGGCGCGCUGGCGCAGAGACUCUUUGGGAACGACUCGCUGUUUCCAUUUGAAAACACCACCAAGACAGAUGGGGAAGACUUGGAGGUCAACACGGAUGUUUACUCCAGGGUGAUAGUCACCGUCAUCUACGCUGCUCUGUUCGCCGUGGGCUCUCUGGGGAACUCUGUCACCCUGUACACCCUGCUGACCAAAAAGACGCUGCAGAACCUCCAGAGCACCGUGCAUUACCACCUGGCCAGCCUCGCCGUCUCCGACCUGCUGAUCCUCCUGCUCUCCAUGCCCAUCGAGCUCUAUAACUUCAUCUGGUUCCACCACCCGUGGGUGUUCGGCGACGGCAUGUGCAGGGGCUACUACUUCCUCCGGGACAGCUGCUCCUACGCCACGGCGCUCAACAUCACCAGCCUGAGCGUGGAGCGCUACAUGGCCAUCUGCCACCCGUUCAAAGCCAAGAGCAUCAUGUCCCGCAGCCGCACCAAGAAGCUCAUCAGCGCCAUGUGGCUCGCGUCCUUCGUGCUCGCUGCGCCGAUGCUCUUCGUCAUGGGCCAGGUGAUGCGUAAAGGCGAGAAGAUAUGCACCACCAUCGUCUCUCCUGUCACUAUUAAGACCGUGCUACAGGUCAACGCGUUUCUGUCCUUUGUGAUACCCAUGCUGGCCAUAUCUGCACUGAAUGGGAUCAUCGCCAAUCAGCUGAUGCGGAUGUUCCGUGAGGCGGAGCAGGACAACCGUGUCUGCGUCGUUGGGGGAAAUCCCACCAUGCUGAAUGUCACCGUGGAGCCCAACCGCGCUCAGUCGCUGCGCCAUGGGGUUCUUGUUCUCCGAGCGGUGGUUAUAGCCUUUGUGGUCUGCUGGCUGCCCUAUCACGCUCGCCGCCUCAUGUUUUGCUACGUCUCCUACUGGUCCGAUGACUUAUACGACUUCUACCACUAUUUCUACAUGCUGACCAACGUCCUGUUUUACGUCAGCUCCGCCAUCAACCCAAUCCUCUACAACCUGGUGUCGGCCACCUACCGCCAGAUAUUCUUCUCCAUGCUGCGCUACUUCUGCUUGCCCUGCCGCCGUACACCCAGGAGGCACCCCCACCCCUUUAACCGCCACUCCAUCAGCAUCUCCAGCAACCACACCCUCUCCACCAACAUCAUCAAAGAGACUGCGUACUGAUUAGGCUGCAACGGAAUACACUUCCUCAUGCUAUGAACCCAUCUGUGCCACAUUGUGAAUACUUGUCCAACUUCAUCUAGGACAUUCUGGAACUGGUUUUGAGCCUGUUGGCACAGGCUGAUCCAGUACUGAGAUCGCUAUCAUUUGACAUGUGGCACCAAGUGCUCACUAUGAGAUUUCAUUUCAGAUGCACACUUAUUAUGUGUGAUUCUGUGUUGUGUCUUUGUUCAUUCAACAUGAGUUUGGGAAAUGAAAAAAAAAAAACGACAUACGACAAUGGAAGUAUGAAAAGGGGAAGGAAACGGGCAAAAGAGCAUCUUUUAAAUGGAAACUGAUAUGUAAAUGUUAUAUACGGUAUCAAUGUUUGUAUUGUGCCAAUGAUUCACAGUGGCUUGGUGCUGUACAGUGCACAUGAUUCAUUAUUUUCAAGAAUCAACUUAAAAACCUCUUGAAAGUACUUUGUCUAUAACUAUGGCCUCUGGCAAUACUUUCACCACUACUAAAGUGCUGAUGCAAACUUCCUUUGUGCUACAUUGGGUGAGCAUCUGUGGAUAAACUCAGCUUUGAUGUUGGGGGAAAGAAAGUUGCACAGAGUUGGUAUUUCUCUUUCUUGAAUCCAAGUUGCAUUGACUGCUGUGUGGAAAGAAUCCCUUGCAUCAUUACCACUUACCUCACUUGCCUUUCUUGGCUUUGUCCCGAGUUGCUUUUAAGCACAACUUUAGUCGAACAGAAGGUGAGUUCAAAUAGCUGGUCCUUAGACUCUGAAAUAUAAAUGUACAUGGAAUUUGUAAAUAGUGUGUACAAACCAUAUGAAUAUUUCUUGUUAGUUUAAGUGUGUAGACAGAGUAGGGAUGUCGCGAUACCAGAAAUUUACUAAUCAACACCAUUACCCGUGAAAUCCUAACAUUUUCAAUACCCAAUUUACUACCAUUGUUAAAAAAAAUACAACACAAACACUUUGAACUAGUCUUAUUUUAUAUUGCUGUGAAAAGAUUCAGACAGCUGUAUUUAUUCAGGUUUCUGGCCAAACAUGUCAUGACGUUAUAAUUUACCCAUUUUAACUGAAUAUAUCUUGAAUGAAUGAUAAAUAAACUCAACGCAACCUCCAUUAACAUUAGCUGCAAGCUCCGCAGGACUGUUCUGCCAUCUGCUAACAGCUAAUGUUAACUAGCUUUCCUUCUGCUGAUUUCAACAUGUUCUUGUUGUUCACAAUGUAGCCAAUCGACUGGAGGCUGAAGGCGUUGAUAGUUAGUUGAAUGCCUCCUAUUGGAUUUUAGACUCCAUUAGUCUGGAGGUACCUAUGGUGCUUGUGGUACUGUAGAAAAACGAGCACCGUCACAUUUUUUGAAUUCUGGCAUCGACUGGACCGACAAGUUGCUGUGAUUGAUUAUUUGAAGUAUUUGUACCAUGUGGAGCAAAUAAUAAAAUGUAAGGAUGAAAAGGCACAAGCAUGCUUACCUGAAACGUAAAGUCGAACGGAGCAAGGAGCACUUCAACAGAUACAGAGAACCCACUCGAUUGCCUCCCCACCAGCUGCUGCUGGAGCAAUCGGAGGUAAUCUGGAAGAGAUCUGGGUGCUCCAACUAUUCCAUUAGGAGCAACGGCAAGAUGUGAAACAAUCUGGACUCUCCCUCAGUUAAGGCACACAAUAAGUAUUACAGAAGGAUUACAGAAAUGCCAUUACCAUCAUUUAUUCAUGAUUUAGCAACAGCAUUCUGAAAGACCAAGAGAAUGGAGCUAGCGCAAUGGGCCACUCUUCUUCUGAAUGAUGUUGGGUAGCAGAAGAAUGCUUUGAUUGGGUCUUUAUUGUAGUCUAAUUCUGGAAUACGUUUUUAACCAGAAGGGGGAUUAUUCGCCCAGUGCACCAGCUCAGUACCCCUAGAAAUUACGUACAUUGUGGGCGAUUCCGCACCUCAUGAUUUAUGUCCAGCUACACAUUUCCGUGCCAAUGCAAGAAGUAUUGUUUGUGUAUAAUUAUUAACUGUAACCAUGAUCCUACCCCAACCAUAAGCUAUUACUGUUAAGGCAUAACCCUCACCAAAGAGUUAUGAUCUUUCCCCAAACGAAACAACACCCUAACCUCAAGCUUAACUGUUUUAAUUUAUCCUUUUGGCUACUAUGCUUGAAACAAACUAGUUUGUACUUUGUGUCGUUCGAACACAUCUGAACGCAAAAAGUGUUUAUAACUGUUCCAAACAGCGAGACUCAACAUCUGGGGGAGAUGCCAGGUGUCAUAGAGAGGGGAUAGGCCUGAUCAUCGUUGAAAUAAGAAGAAUCAAUUUUUUCUUGCACUUCUUCGUAAGUACAAAAAGUGGCAUGUAUAAAUAACGAAAAAAAGAGUGCUUGUAAGAGAAGUUAAAACCCUACUAUGGUCUAACCUCUGCAUGCUUGGCCAAUUGCUGCUACAGAAAGGUGUCGGGGGUGAGGUUUCAUUAAUUUUCCAAAAAAGAACCUCAAUUCAAUAAGUGUACUUUCACCUUGACAUUUCAACUCAACCCUCUUCAUCUCAACCAGAGUAAAUUACCUCAGAAUACUGAAAACAUAAGCAAUGGACCUAAAACGUAUAGUUGCGGAAUGUAAUCAGUGGUUUGCAGAUAUGUCCAAUAUCGACAUUCUUGUCUGGCGAUGCACAGAACAGCAAACACAAUUGUUGUCAAUUAAGUUCCUAUCCAGGUAAAUCAAAUAUCAAUUCAGGACCAAUACUGAGAGGGGUCAUCGUAAUCAUAUUAGUUAAAAGUUUUCCUCUGGACUACCUGUGGCUUGUUGCUUGUGUUGUCAGUAUUAUGCGACAUAGGUGUGUACAGUAUGUGAGGGUAAUGCUUUCUCUAUGCGUGUACUUGUAUGUUCCCCAAAGAGUACAUGUAACUUACAAUGUAUGGUACUAUUUUAUGUGUUUUUGAACAAAUUACAGAUUCUAUGGUAUGUUUGUUUUUUUUUGCUUUAAAAACAUCAUUGAAUCAGCAGCACUUGAGAAUUUUUUAUCCACAAGGUUAUUUUCAGUCUUUGAGAGAACCCAGCAUGAUACUUCAUCUUAAGAGAAGCCUCUAAAUACUGAUUUCAGUUUGCUACAAAUGGAUAGAAAUUGAUUUCAUUAUAAGAGGCUGUAGUAAUUAUCAGGGUCACAUCAGCUGAGUCCUUCAAUGUUUGCAGUUUGCACUGCUUAUGUUACUGCAGUCCCACAUUCUUCCCACAUUUAUGUUUGCCAGGUUCAAAACCAAUUGAGGUGAUGUACAAAGUUUCAAGUCUUGUCAUCACAACCGUCUGCAGCCAUACUAGCGGCUCUGUGAGGCUGUACUUGGGCUAACAUCAACAUCAGCAUAGUAACUGUACUAACAUGUUGACGCACAGCAGGUACAAUGUAACAUUGCCACCACCUUAGCAUGCUAACACUAAGCAUUUGCUAAUUCCCAGCAAACACAAAGUAUAGCUGAGGCUGAUUUUAAAAAAAAAGGCGUUCAAUUUGCAAAAAUUCAGAAAAUCACAAAAGUGUUUGGGAUUCAUCCUGAGGGGUAUACAAAAUAUAUCCAAUACCUGUUGAGACAUUUCUACAAAAACAAACAAAUGUAAACUCUGUGGUAGAGCUAGAGGAAAAGUGAAGGACCACCAAAUGUAUUAAGAUACAUUGUCUGGAAACCAAUAAUAUCUGUCCAAACAUUCAUGGCAAUCCAUCCACCAGCCAUCCAUAGAGCCAUGUCGCUAGUGUGGCUGAAAAUGCAAAAUAUUUACAAAAUAUUCAACAGCAAUUUCACUUCUGUGUAUUCAAUAUUUACCACCUUAUGCAUUAGGUCCUGAUCAGAUCAAGCGCCUUUUAGCAGCCUGGGACGGCUUUCUGUAAUUGUUGUCAAUGAGAGUGAAGCGUUUUGCAGGAGCACUCUGAUAGCCUUAAGUUGGAAAAAAAAAAAUCAACUUUGAGUGUAAAAGCGCCCAACGUCCCCACGUUUUUUUUCCUAAUCGUAGUGAGUUUUGCUGGAUAACCAGAGCUACAGUAUGUGACUUCACCAACCAUAGCUACCAUGAUCUGAACAGAAAACAUAACAUUAGUGCUUUACUUGAGAUUUGGGGUUUUCAGCCAUUUAAACUGUACUAUCAACUAUUAGCUAGCCUACACUUCAUGGUUUAUGUAAAGCAGACAUUAUCACUCAUUCGGGAGUUGUCUAGCAUAAAGUAAAAAAUAGAAGCAGCAAAAAAAAAAAAACCUGCUGUGAUCAGGCCCUUACACUUCCUUUUGCCCACUAAACCCACAAUGUGACCCGGCACUGCUACCACUUACUCAAUGCAUAUCUCAGCAGUACAUUGACAAAAAAAAAGCUCAACCUCUGUGUACUAUUUUUAUUACCUAAUGGCUGGUCAUUUUAAUAUCAUUUACUUUCUUAUUGUAGGUGACAGUUACAGUAUUAGCUGUGCUUUGUAUCGGUUGAUAUGACUCUGUGUUCCUGUGUGGUAUCUGUGUUCCUGUUGAAUCAAUGGAGGCUUUAGCCACCUUAUAUACGUUCCAUCAAAACUUAAUUCAGCCAAACAUCAGAUUCCCUGACCCAAAGAUCCACCAGACAUACUGAAUGAAAUAUAUGAAAAAGAUACUGUAUAUCCCUUUCAUUUUUGCAAACCAUGCAGUUAGAAACUGGUUCACUGUACCCUUCUGCAUAUGACACAUUUCU